AUGUCGCUGAGCCCACGUGCCGUGACUCCUGAGGUCCGCACGCCCGAGGCUCGCGCUUGGAGCCAAGAGCAGCCGCUGCCGGGAGAGACCCGCACGCCACGGCCAGAGAGGAGCCCCGACCCGCAGCCAGAGAAAGCCCAGGGGCAGCCGAGACCCAGCAGGCCACAAAAGAGAGUCAGCGGAUGCAGCGACUCACUGUUCAGUUCCUCUGCUCCGUCACCCACCGCGCGGCUUCAUUCUUACAACCGCGGCGGAAGGGCCGCUGCGUUCACAUGUCGUAGCGGCAAAGACGAGCAAAGAAACAAAAGCAAAGACGAGACACCAUCAAAUUCUACUCUUGCCUCCUCCUCCCCUUACGGUGGCUCGAUGAAUGGAUACCGGGUAGGCACAGCAAAAAAAGCUUUCCAGUGUUCUUAUAAAAAAUGUGUCAGCCGUGCCGUGUACAGAACACCUCUAUGGGCCUUACAUUCUGCACACGGUAUUAGCUGCCUACAACCAAAGAAGCGUGCAGCCUCUGGUGCCCUGAUGAUAACUGGGGCAACCAAACGCCACCCUCAGCUCAACUUCAGCACUGACCCUCCCCUCAUGGCCAGAAAAGAGCAGAGAUCUGACACAGCUCAGCUGGGGAAGGGACAGGACCUCGGGCUGCAUCUGAGCAGAGCUGUGGACGUCGACGCAGGAGGCCCUUCAGUCCGCUUUCAGCUCGCUGGCCUAGCUUGCUGCAGCAGACCCUUCCUCUGGGGCGAAGCAUACACUCAAGGGAAACGGAGCCUGAUCGGAUCUGACCUUCAGGCUUCAGCUACAGCAACUCGGGGGCAGACGUGA